UCCCAAACACAAGAAACAAAAAAGAGCCUGGCUCAGAGUAGCAUUUAGCGGCAUCCGUGAACGACGUACAAACAACCUCCAGCUGAUUUGUACAGAAAUAGUUUUCCAUUUUUUGUGAGUUUAGUAUCUGAUCUGUUCGGAGAAUGGGCAGGAGCAGGAGCCGAUCUCCUCCGAGACGAGAGAGAAGACGUUCCCGCUCAACUUCUAGAGAGCGCGAGCGAAGGCGAAGGGAGCGGGAUCGCUCUCGUUCUCGAGAUCGGGAACGGGAUCGCCGUAGGUCUCGCUCGCGGUCUCCUCACAGGAGGCGUUCAAGGUCCCCUCCCCGACGUCAUCGCUCCUCCUCCGUCUCUCCUUUGAGACAAAAGGACAGACGAGACGAUGAGCGCAAAGACUCGAAGGAGAAGACGGCAAAGCCCAUUCAGAUCUCAGCGGAGGACAUGCAGGGCAAAACGGAAGAGGAGAUUGAGAUGAUGAAACUUAUGGGAUUUGGUUCAUUUGACAGCAGCAAGGGGAGGAAGACCGAAGGAUCGUCUAAUGCAUUCGCCGUCAACGUGACCAUGAAGAGAAAAUACAGGCAGUACAUGAACAGAAAAGGCGGAUUCAACAGACCACUGGACUUCAUCGCUUGAAAGUAUCACCAACUUAUGUUAUCCAAGAAGUUUACCUGUGCCUCUCCUUUAUGAAAGUGGAGAGUGCUGUGCUGUUUCCUGUUGUAUCCUACAUGUGUUGUGUGACUUAACAAGCCUGUAUAUACCUUUUUAUAAGUGAAUACAUACAUGUAAAUAGUAGUAUCUGCAAUAAGUACUCACAACUGGAUGAGACUGAGCUUCACAUUGUUGAGAUGGAUGAUGAUGAUGGUUUAUUUGAAAUAAAAGCAUUUUUAAAAAGGAA